AAGUUCGCGGAACAAGUCGCGGAAAUUAAAUGUAUCGUACGAGAUGAUCUCUCGAUUGCUCACGCAGCCGCCUGGCGCCAUACUCUCGUUCCUGGCCUUAAAGUGGGGUGCGCUUCUAAAUUUUGUUCCUUUCUCGAUGCACGAUCAUCAUCAAGCUUUUGGUCCCGUCUCUUCCACUUGUGGUUGUACAUUGUCGUUGGGUUACGACCACAACUCUAGUGCUAUUAUUGUUCCCAGCAUAUUGUCUUUGUGUUAUGGCUACAGUUAUGGACAUUGUUCCAGUACGUAUGGUUGUCCUAAGCAACUAUUGGAACUUUUGACAUCAUAUUACCACUCCUCCGCCAAGCCGUGUGCCUAGCUGGCUUGAAGAGUGACUUCUUAUUCGCUGUCCUGCCCAGCUCUUAUCCAAACUCAAUUGCUGACGUGCCUCAUGGAUCGUUCGCACCCAGUACUGUCAUGAAAAGCAAUUAUGCGGCCGGAUCCCUGCUAGACAAUUUAUUUCAAUUUGUCUUGGUCAAUUUUUGUAUGACAUCUCGUAAUGCGCACCCUUGAGCUAAAAAUCGCAAUGUGCUAAUCAACGAUUCCCCUUUAUUUUCCAAUCAAUGGGC